AUGGAGCCCAAAACUUUUGCCGAAUUUAGGGAGAAGGCCAAAGGUCAGAUUGACGUUGAAGAGCUCAGGCAAGCACGGAAGACAGAAAGAUCACCUACAAGCAAAGAAGACGAUAAACACCGAGAUAACAAGAAAACAUUCAAGCCAGUUCCUUGUUAUGACUCAUACACUCAAUUCAACACAAAGAGGGAUGACAUCAUCAAGGAGAUACUCAGCUCUAAGCUAAUAAGGCCUCAUCGCAAAGCUGGCAAUUAUCCAGAAUCAAAAGGCGUUGAUAAAUCAAAAUAUUGCACUUUCCACCAGAAACACGGACACACAACCGAUGAAUGCGUCAUUGCUAAAGAUCUCCUCGAACGACUAGCAAGACAAGGACAUCUUGACAAAUUUAUUGCAGAACAUAUGCAGAAGAACACUAUCCCCGCUCCCGAUACAUCAGCAGCAGGCACAUCCUCGAAAGGAAAGGAGAAAGCUCCGGCCCAACCUAGAGGAGUAAUAAAUUGUAUUUCAGGGAGUUACGCUGGAGGUGGACACACAAGCUCGGCCCAAAAACGAACUUAUAGGGCCAUGUUAGCAGUAACGGAUGCUCCCAACAAUCCUCAGCCGACGACGAAUGUCCCAGAAGUGACCUUCAGAUCAGCCGACUUAAAUGGUGUUGAUACUAACCUGGAUGACCCUGUUGUCAUCUCCAUUCAGUUAGGAGAUAUGAUAGUACGAAAAGUUUUACUUGACUCAGGAAGCAGUGCGGACGUCUUAUUUUUCACCACCUUCGAAAAGAUGAAGCUGAGCAACAAUAUUCUGCAGCAGUAUCUCGGAGACCUGGUCGGAUUCUCAGGAGAACGAGUUCCUGUGCUAGGAUCAGUGUGGUUACAAACCACACUCGGUGAGCAACCGUUAUAUAAGACACAAGAUAUUCAGUAUCUUGUAGUCGAUUGCUUUAGCCCUUAUAAUGUUAUUUUAGGUCGCCCCUUUCUAAAUAGAUUUGCUGCAAUUGUAUCUACAGUUCACCUUUGUGUCAAGUUUCCUGUGCAGGACAAUGUUGUAGCUACGGUUCACGGUGACCUCCAGGAGGCUCGGCAAUGCUAUAACACAAGCGUAAAGCCUAUCAAAAAAAAAUCGGACAAUCGCAAAUCAACUCCAUCAAGUCAGAACAGAUAG